GACUAGAAAUGUGUGUGUGUGCAUGAGAGCAUCUCUGCAUCCGUCCCGAUCCGAGCUAUUGUGUGUGUGUGCAUGUGUGUGUGAGCGUGGGGGUGCGUAGAGGAAGACAUCAGGGUUGUGUGUGUGUGUUUGCACAUGUCUUGUUAUUUUCAGCACAACCAGAAGAGGAUAAACCCUGAUUAAGUCCUGAUUGUUGUCACUUUUCUUUUUUUCCCAAGCCCUCCAAGUGCCCUGCGCAUUCUGUGAAGUUUCUUUCCUCAGCCCCCCUCUGCAUCACCACCCUCCUCUUGGUGCAGUACAUCUCCAGUGAGGAUACACACGGUACAGAGGGUCCUUGAGUGGUCGAGCCAGAUAUCAUGAAGUGGAACCUCUUCAAAAAGAAGCCAGAAGCCAUGGUGGGCCCGGAGCCCACAGGACUCGGCGGCACCCACCCGUCACACACCAUGACGAUGGCCCCCGCCGUCUCCACACCUGCAGACAACUCCACCGAAUCUGAGAGACCCAUCAACAAGAAUGAUGUCUUUGAGGAAAUCAAAAGCAAGUUCCUUAAUGAGAUCGAUAAAAUCCCAUUGCCUCCGUGGGCGCUCAUCGCCAUCGCUGUAGUGGCCGCCCUCCUCGUCCUCACCUGCUGCUUCUGUAUCAUUAAGAAAUGCUGCUGUAAGAAGAAGAAGAACAAGAAAGGCAAAAAGGGAAAGGACGGCUUCAACAUGAAGAACAUGCAGGGUGGAGAUAAACACCAGGAUGAUGAUGAUGAAGAAGGAGAAACUGGUUUGACGGAGGAGGAGAAAGAGGAAGAGGAAAAAGAAGUGGAGAAACUUGGAAAGCUUCAGUAUUCUUUGGAUUACGACUUCCAGGAUAACAAGCUGACUGUGGGAAUCUUACAAUGUGCCGAUCUGAUUUCCAUGGACUCUGGCGGAACAUCCGACCCUUACGUUAAAGUGUUCAUCCUACCAGACAAGAAGAAGAAGUUUGACACUAAGGUGCACAAAAAGACCCUCAACCCAGUGUUCAAUGAAUCCUUUGUCUUUAAGAUCCCGUACCAGGAGCUGGGUGGGAAGACGCUGGUCAUGUCCGUGUACGACUACGACCGCUUCUCCAAGCACGACAUCAUCGGUGAGGUCAAGCUACCCAUGAACACUCUGGAUCUGGGUCAGCCGAUCGAGGAGUGGAGAGACCUGGACAGCGCUGAGAAAGAGGAGCCGGAGAAGCUUGGUGACAUCUGCAUCUCUCUGCGUUACGUUCCUACUGCGGGCAAACUGACCGUUUGCAUCCUCGAAGCCAAGAACCUGAAGAAGAUGGACGUGGGCGGCCUGUCUGACCCGUAUGUGAAGAUCCAGCUAUUGCAGAACGGCAAGCGUCUAAAGAAGAAGAAGACUACGGUGAAGAAGAACACACUGAACCCAUACUACAAUGAGUCCUUCAGCUUUGAGAUCCCUCUGGAGCAGAUGCAGAAAAUCCUUGUGGCGGUGACGGUCUUCGACUACGAUAAGAUCGGCAAAAACGAUGCCAUCGGGAAGAUCUUCAUUGGCAGCAAAGCCUCAGGCACAGCGCUCAAGCACUGGUCUGACAUGUUGGCCAACCCGCGCCGCCCCAUCGCUCAAUGGCAUCCCCUCCAACCGGAGGAAGACAUCGACGGUGCUCUGGCUGCCCUUAAUGCCAAGAAGUAACCUCUCGCAUCUCAACCUGACUAACCAACUAACUAACCAACCCGCCAAUGCAUGACACCCCACACUCAUCCGUACACGCUCUGCCAGUUUGUUUCGCAUAAUCACCUACAAAAAUAUUCUAAAGAAUAUACUUGAAAAGAUGAACAAUAUCACAUGUUCGCCACAUAGCAUAAACCAAGGCAAAUAACAUUGUGCACCUAAAUAGCGAAAGCAAAAGUAGCAGGAGUGAUAUUUUACACAACGUUUUCUACUUUGCAGUCCAAUUUGCCAGACACUACACAAUAUGCAAAUACAAAAAAAGUAAAAACCAACGAUGAAAGUGCACCAAAAAAUCUGUAAACAAACCAACUAUUUGCCUAAAAAACUAGUUAACUGGAUUAAAUAUUUCAAAAGGCUUUUAUUUCAUUCAGUGAACAGGAAGGAAUUUGUUUCAGGAUGUUGUUUGUCGGAUAUACUGGUGACGUGGAAUUUUGUGCCUAAUCAUAAGUGCAAAUAAUAGUGAGUUUAUGUUGCAAAUAUCUACACAUUUGCACAAUUACAAAGCAAUGCUCAUGUUCACUUAAACAUCCCAGGAGAAGAAAGUGGUGUGAGGCAGAUUUGUUUACAUUGUCGAUGGGUAAAUUAGGCCUUUGGGCCAUAAGACACGUCAAAACAUUGCAUUUGCAUACAUGUGCCCAAAAGAAAGAGGAUUCAGGUCUAUGGUUUUGUAAUAGUGCAGUUAGGACUAUAUUAAUAAAUAGGCUAAUAAUAAUUUAUGAAAUGUUGCAAUAAACAUUCAACAUGAGUCAAGCAUGUCAGUGUAAAGAUAUAGACACACACUAACAGUCUCUUUUACUGUAAUGCUGCGAUUACAGUGCCAAAUCCAGACGUUCGUGUAUCUCUCAUAUAGAAGAUCCCAUGUGGCCAAACCUGACAGGCACUAAAGCUGGCUGUGAAUGUAUCGUGGGAUCAUACAAAUGAAAUUUGCACUCAGUCGGUGUGUCCUUGAGAGCUCACUGUCAUGUGUUCAUGAUCUGCUUCACAUACAGUACAUUUGAAUUCUUGGUUGACGUCACUGCCACCUUUGUUCGGAGCUCAAACUCACCCGAGUUCAUUCAGUAAACUCCACUCUCCGAGAUGCCAAUGUUUUAACUAGAAGAGAAUAGUAAGUGGCGGUUAACUGGGUGUUUGGUAAACUAGACUAAAUAAAGCAAUCCACUCUUCAUCCCCAACGAUGCUUGUGUAUAUAUGCAUUGAUCAGAUUGGUUUCUACAGCAUGUACCUAUAAAUCGAUGUACAUAGAAGCAUGUUUUAAAGAUAGAGCAUAAUUAUAUUGUGUACGUGUGGCAUUUGUCCUUUUGAUAAUAAAAUGUAGAGGAAAGAAAA